AUGGCUGACCUCCCUGAACCUCGAGUGAGAGCGGUUGUCAAAGCCUUCGUCCAUACUGGAUGCGAUUAUGCCGGCCCAGUCCUAGUAACACCAUAUCGUGACAAAAUGUUUAAAACACCUCCACAAAAUAAGACUACAGAAAUAUUGGAGAACUCUAUAAAAACAACUCAAGAAACUGAGUCGUCAGCGGGGAGAGCGAAGGAAGGAACAUCCCAAGUAAGAAAAAGUGUCGGUGAGCUUGAGUCACGGCUUAGUGCAGCUCCUAAGACUAAGAUAAACACUCAACCCACUAAACACAAAUCUCAAAAUAAACCCUCCCCUGCAUCUGGCAGUAAAGAAAACCAAGUUGACCCAGAAACGACUACAUAUCAGAAUAAGGCACAAGAGGCGAAAGCGUAUCUGGUUAAAAUAAAACUUUUGUUAAAUAGCUCACGGAACCUUAAGACGGAAUUAAAAGACAAAAUUAUUGAAGCUCUUGACAAAUUAUACAGGGGCAAGGAGCAAAUAAGACAAGUUAGAUCAGAGAACAAACCCAUCUUCUUCGUGCAAGCAAAUCUUCAGAGAAAAGAGCUUGCAACCAACGAACUGAUGAUUGAGGCUAGCAAGAGUGGUAUGAGUAUCGCUCUAAUUCAAGAACCAUAUGUAGGGGGAGUGGGGAAUAUGAAAAACUACCGAGGUGCUCGUAUAUAUCAAUGCACCCAAAGAGUAUCAGGAGUGGUGAAGACGGCAAUUGCCGUCUUCAACAAUAACAUCAACGUCACUCAAUAUCCUGCCCUCACCACAAACAAUUUCACGGUGAUUAAAAUCGGGAUGGGUGCCUGGGAGAUGGGAGUGAUAUCCCUGUAUCUCGAACCGGACUUACCCAUUGAACCUUAUAUGGCCCACUUAAAACUAAUACUCACCAAAAUAGGAAAAAUCGACGUACUUAUAGGUGGGGACGGAAAUGCGUGGAGUCCAUGGUGGGGUAGUGUAAGAGAAGAUGGACGAGGGGAAGUCCUAGCGGGUACUCUGAAUGAGCUCAACCUCCACGUAUUAAAUGAAGGAGAUACUCCUACAUUUGAUACGGUAAGAGGAGGAAAGACAUAUAAGAGUCAUGUCGACAUUACAGCAUGUUCAGAAAAUUUGCUGCAGAUGGUGGAAGACUGGAAGGUCGACAUUGGCAUGACAAGUUCAGAUCAUAACACCAUAAUAUUCAAAAUAAAUUCAAUAAAGACAUCUGGAGUAAUAAUACAAAGAACAACAAGAAUAUACAAUAGCAAAAAAGUUAAUUGGAGCCAGUUUCAUACGAAACUGGCUCAAUUAUUAGCAGAUAAAAAUGUCAAUACAAUAGAAAUUAGAAAAAUAAAUAACACAUGCAAUUUAGAAAAUUUAAUUGAAAAUUAUUUGGAAGUAAUUAAAGAAACUUGUGAAACUAUAAUUCCAAAAAAGAAAAACAUUACCAAACUUAACAUUCCAUGGUGGAGUGACGAACUUGUCAUGCUAAAAAAGGACGUCACCACCAAAAAACGACGCAUUAGAUGUGCAGCCCCAGUGCGAAGAGCAGCUGUCAUAGCAGAGUACCUAAAAGCAAAAGAAAAUUAUGAAUGUGAAGCAAAAAAGGCUCAGAUAAAAAGCUGGAAAGAGUUCUGUGCUAGACAGGAUAGAGAAGGGUUGUGGGAAGGCAUAUACCGAGUUAUCGGCAGAACUGCUAAGCGGCAUGAAGAUCUGCCACUUACAAAAGAUGGAGUAGCCCUAAAUAAUGCCGAAUCGGCGAGAUAUUUGGCCGAGACAUUCUACCCGAAGGAUGAGGUUGAAGCUGAUAACGCAGACCAUCGGCGUAUAAGAGGACUAGCAGAAAAGAUAAAUGCGGGGACGCAAGAUGACUCUUAUGAUCCACCAUUUACUCUUGCGGAGCUAAGGCAUGCUACAAUCAGCUUCAACCCAAAAAAGGCACCCGGUAUGGACGGUUUUACGGCCGACAUCUGCCGAGAAGUCAUCUUUCACAGCCCGGAGAUUUAUCUGAGCCUUGCUAACAAAUGUUUGGAGUUAGGACACUUCCCCACCAAAUGGAAGGAGGCAGUAGUGGUUGUUCUGCGGAAACCUGGAAAGGAUGACUAUACGCACCCCAAAGCCUACAGACCAAUAGGCUUACUACCUGUGUUAGGGAAAAUCCUGGAGAAAAUGAUCAUCAAACGGAUUAGAUACCAUAUCCAACCUGGUUGUAGUACUCGCCAAUACGGUUUUACCCCACAAAGGAGCACCGAAGACUCCCUCUAUGAUAUGAUGAAAUAUAUACAACUUCAAUUGCACAAUAAAAAGAUCAUAGUGAUAAUAUCUCUUGACAUAGAGGGAGCCUUCGAUAGCGCCUGGUGGCCAGCUAUAAGAUGCCGAUUGGCUGAGGAAAAGUGCCCCAGUAACAUAAGAACAUUGAUAGAUAGUUAUCUCCGGGAUAGGAAAGUGAGAAUAAGGUAUGCAGGUGUGGAACAAACACAGGAAACCACCAAGGGGUGCGUACAGGGUUCGAUAGGAGGACCGGUCCUAUGGAAUCUCCUUCUAGACCCUCUGCUUAGAGAAAUGGAAGGGAGAAGCGAUCGGUGUCAAGCGUUCGCCGAUGACAUCGUCCUACUGUUUGCGGGGGACACGGCCCUUGAUAUCCAAAGACGUGCGGAUGCUGCUUUGGAACAUGUUAUGGGGUGGGGAAUUCGUAAUAAACUUAAAUUUGCGCCACAUAAGACCCAGGCAAUGGUAAUAACCAAUAAACUAAAAUACGAUUCCCCACGUCUAAGCAUGGGCGGUAUGGUGGUGCGUAUGUCGGAGGAGAUCAAGGUGCUUGGUCUCACCGUAGACAGAAAAUUAACGUUCAAAACACAUGUGAGGAAUGUGUGCAAGAAGGCCACAUCUCUCUACACACAGCUAUCGAGAGCGGCAAAGAUCAGCUGGGGCCUUCAACCCGAAAUUAUUAGGACGAUGUACACGGCGGUCGUUGAGCCGGUGAUUUUGUACGCAGCGAGCGCGUGGGCGCCAGCCGCUAAAAAGUUGGGAGUCAGGAAGCAACUAAAUACUGUGCAGAGAGGAUUCGCUCAAAAAAUUAUUAAAUCGUACCGGACUGUAUCCCUACACUCGGCGCUAGCAUUGUCUGGUCUGCUUCCUCUGGACUUAAGGGUCCAAGAAGCAGCAUCGCUUUUCGAAGCGAGGAGAGGAAAACUCCAGGCAAUGCUGGCAGACCGAGUGGUGGAAACAAAGUAA